CAUUCCUCGCUGCUCCCUCCCCGGAGCUCCGGGUUGUGUGCGUACAUAAUUCAAUCCCCGUGGGACUGGAGUCUGGCCUCACCUGCGGCUUGGCGGAUUGGCUGUCACAGCUCUCCCCCUCCCUCCAUACCCCCCGCGUCCCAGGUGGCUCAGGCCCCCGGGUGAUUUCUGUUUACCAAGAGAGCUUGUCCAAGUUGGGCUCCAUCUCUGCCCUAGCUCCCCUUUGGGGCCCCCGCCCGCCUGGGAAGUGGAGAGAAAGCCGGGCCCAGCCAUUCCUCGCCCUUCCCCUCCCUGCACCACCCCCCGGAGAGGUCGGACGGCGAUGACCCCCCAGCCCGCCGGACCCCCGGACGGGGGCUGGGGCUGGGUGGUGGUGGCCGCAGCCUUCGCGGUGAACGGGCUGUCCUACGGGCUGCUGCGCUCGAUGGGCCUGGCCUUCCCUGACCUUGCCGAACACUUUGACCGAAGUGCCCAGGACACUGCGUGGAUCAGCGCCCUGGCCCUGGCGGUGCAGCAGGCAGCCAGCCCCGUGGGCAGCGCCCUGAGCACGCGCUGGGGGGCCCGCCGGGUGGUGAUGGUUGGCGGUGUCCUCGCCUCGCUGGGCUUUGUCUUCUCGGCUUUCGCCCGCAGUCUGCUGCACCUCUACCUCGGCUUUGGCCUCGUCGCUGGCUCUGGCUGGGCCCUGGCGUUCGCCCCUGCUCUGGGCACCCUCUCCCGAUACUUCUCCCGCCGUCGAGUCUUGGCGGUGGGGCUGGCACUCACCGGCAACGGGGCCUCUUCGCUGCUCCUGGCGCCCGCCUUGCAGCUUCUCCUCGAUACUUUCGGCUGGCGGGGCGCUCUGCUCCUCCUCGGCGCGAUCACCCUCCACCUCACCCCCUGUGGUGCCCUGCUGCUACCCCUGGCCCUUCCUGGAGACCCCCCAGCCCCACCGCGUAGCCCCCUAGCUGCCUUUGGCCUGGGUCUCUUCACACGCCGGGCCUUCUCAAUCUUUGCUCUAGGCACAGUCCUGAUUGGGGGCGGGUACUACGUUCCUUACGCUCACUUGGCCCCCCACGCUUUAGACCGGGGCGUAGGGGGAUACGGAGCAGCGCUGGUGGUGGCCGUGGCUGCGGUGGGGGAUGCAGGUGCCCGGCUAGCCUGCGGCUGGCUGGCAGACCAAGGCUGGAUGCCUCUCCCGCGGCUGCUGGCCGUGUCCGGGGCUCUGACAGGGCUGGGGCUGUGGGCGGUGGGACUGGUGCCUGUGGUGGGGGGAGAAGAGGGCUGGGGGGGUCCCCUGCUGGUCGCAGCUGUGGCCUAUGGGCUGAGCGCCGGGAGUUAUGCCCCGCUGGUUUUCGGUGUCCUCCCUGGGCUGGUGGGCAUCGAAGGUGUGGUGCAGGCCACCGGGCUGGUGAUGAUGCUGAUGAGCCUCGGGGGGCUCCUGGGCCCUCCCCUGUCAGGCUUCCUAAGGGAUGAGACAGGAGACUUCACCACCUCUUUCCUGAUGAGUGGCUCUUUGAUCCUCUUCGGCAGCUUCAUCUACAUAGGGUUGCCCAGGACGCUGCCUUCCUGUGGUCCAGCCUCCCCUCCAGCCAGGCCUCCCCCAGAGAGUGGGGAGCUGCUUCCCACUCCCCAGGUUGUCUUACUCUCCCCAGGAGGCCCUCACCCCACUCUGGAUACCACUUGUUGAUUAUUUUAUUGUUUGAGCCCCUCUCCCAAUAAAGUAUUUUUAUCAGGUUUUCCUGAAA